UUGACUACACUAAAGGGGAGGUGGAUGCACAGGUCAAGGAGAUUCACCCAGAUGGGUUCGAUGUCGUGUAUGACUGUGUGGGUGGAAACCAGACAGCAACAGGUAUCAAUGCCCUAAAGAAGGGCGGCAUCAUUGUUUCUAUCACGAAUCCGAAUUUGGCUGACAUGUCAAAAGGGGCAGGAGAUGAUACGAUAGGUAAAUGGUUCCUUGCCGCUGUUUCCGGCGCGCAACUGGCGAAAAUUACAACUAUGGUCGAUGAGAUGAAGUUAAAGGUGGCGCAUGUUAGUACAUUCCCUCUCGAUCAGUCUGUUAAUGUGUUCGAGCAUAGCACGUGGUAAAAUUGCA